AUGUCCACAGGAAAGAACGAAGUGAUACUGCGGCAACAAGCCAUCGUAGACCGCGAUGCACGCAGCCUGACCACUUACGCAUGGACACAGAGCAGCGCCGAAGGUAUCGAAGUGCGCGAAACCUGUCUGUACCGGGCCAUACGCCCCGAGGCUGCUGCGGAUAUAUCGCUGCACCGUUCUAAUAGCAGUGCAACCAAACAGUUGGGAGGCUCGGCUACGGAAACCGGGACCCCGUAUCACUCACACACAUCUACACAGGGCGAUGUGCCUGAGAAAACGCUCGUCACACGCUCGCUGGAUGUGCUGGUGACUAUGCUACCGGGUAUUGAUGCGGUCGUGGAGUGGCAUGUGGUGAAGAUGCACCGCACCUUUGUGGAGGGUAGUUUGUACUGGCUCAAAAUGCACAUGGACGAGUUGAGGGAAGCUAAUGAAUUCGAGAGUUGGUCACCCGGAAGCCCGCACUGUCUGGGUGAUGGACAGGACACCGUGAACCCUCUGCGGAAGCUGGGUACAUGGCCGGAGUGUGAUGAUACACUCUCUGAUACGACACGUCUCAGUACUAAGAUUAUAACCAGCCUCACACACGCAGCUCACCCACCCACCACCAACAAGCCAAUCACAAGUCUCUGCGGUGCAUUGGAGAUACCUCCGCCACUCAAUCUGCGACACCUCACCCCAAAGUCGUCCAGCAGCGGAGCAGAUGCACUCGUCAGCAGUGACGAUCAACUCGAAUUCUCGCCCUGGGACACAAGCCGGGGCAAGGCGCUCAAAAGCGGUACUUUAUUGAAGUACACCAACUUCUUCAGUGGGUGGCAGAAGCGGUGGUUCUGUUUAGAGCGGGACAGGUCUGGGGUAGCCGGUGGCGGCAGUGGGAGUUUGGUUAUGCACUUGCUUUACUACGAAUCUGAGACAGACCAGGCACAGCCCCGGGGGAAGAUGGCUGUAAAUGGCAUGGAGAUCGACGUCGUUAAAGGUAUGGU